CAACAACACUGUAUUUGUUUUGUCAUCUUUUUGACAUUUACGGUGUCAAAAGGAAGUCUGCCUUCUUUUACCCUUUCUACUUGAGGAGCUGCAGUGCCGACACUUGCUCGUGGAACUGCUGGCACAUCUACUCACAUUUGUCCUUGCGUUGGCACCUCGGACUUGAGCUCCUAGCACCCAAGACUCAUAAGCCCCCAAGGUUGUGUACUUGCCCAUGGCCAUCAACACAAACAGCGACACCACCAUGGCGCCCAAACCUCCCAAAGCCAUCAUCCCUAAGACCACAAGCUUCAUCCAGUCUGAGAACCACCGCGACCUCUUAGACAUUGUUGAUAAGCUCCGCUCACGAGGAGUCAGCCACUAUGUGGACCUCCCUCAGAUCAUCGUCUGUGGAAGUCAAUCUUCCGGCAAAAGCGCAACUUUAGAGUCCCUCUCGGGAAUCCCUUUCCCCACCGCUGAGGGCCUGUGCACGCGUUUUGCCACCGAGUUGAUCCUCCGUCGGGGAGAGAAGACUGAAAUCAGCAUACACAUCAAUCCGGGAGCAGGACGUACCGCAAAGGAGAAGGCUGCCUUGGCUGCUUUCUCCCCAACGACGAGCGAACGCAACCACAUUGGGAAGAUCAUCGAAUCAGCAAAGAGUGUCAUGGGCUUGACAGGUGACGGGGCCAAAACGUUCAGUACCGACGUCCUCCGGAUAGAGCUCGUUUGCCCGGAGCAGCCCAAUCUCACAAUCGUCGACUUGCCCGGCCUGUUCGGCGCAUCCGACAAGAACCAAACGGAUGCAGACUCUGACAUCGUCCGGAAAUUAGUGACCAAUUACAUGAAUCAGCGCCGCAGCAUCAUUUUGGCCGUGGUAGCUGCUGAUAAUUCGUUUGCCAAUCAGCCAGUCACGAAACUCGCCCGAGACAUUGAUCCCUCUGGGCACAGAACUCUUGGGCUUCUCACAAAGCCAGACAAGAUCGACAGGGGCUCGGACAGCGAGAGGUACUACGUCGACCUGGCCCAGAAUCAAAAUGUCAAGUUGACAUUGGGCUGGCACGUCUUGCGCAACAAAGGAUACGACACCAUUGAUGACACUUCUGAGCAGCGCGACAAACGAGAAGCGGCGUUCUUCGCGGACUCUGCGUGGAGCGUGUUGGAGCCUGAACAGCUCGGGGUGGAAAGCCUGCGAAAGCGAUUGCGUGAGGUUCUUUGGAACCAAAUUCGUCAAGGACUUCCAGGAGUCAAAUCCGACGUCCAGACUGGCAUUCGUGACUGCCGCAACAGAUUGACCCAGCUCGGCUCGGCGAGGGACAGUAGGAAGAGCAAACAGAAAUAUCUGCUGCAUAUCAGCAGCCGCCUGACCAAGGUAAUCCGAGCUGCCAUUGACGGAGUCUACGCCGAUCGCUUCUUUGAAUGCUAUCCUGGACAACGGGAUGCAUUCGAACGACGGCUACGGGCGAAUGUGCAGAAAACGCUCAGCGAGUAUUCGCAGGAAAUGACAGCAGACGGCCAUUCAUUGGAGGUGGUGGAGGAUGACUUGAAGCCUGUCCGAACCUCCAAAUACGUCUACCGCAAUAUUUAUAUUCAAACGGUCAAGACGUCGAUGGAGGAGUGUCGUGCGCGUGAGCUUCCGGGGACAUACAACCCAAUGGUGGUUGGCGAUUUGUUCAGCAGGCAGUGCAAGCCUUGGCAGGCCAUCACCCAGAAACUGGUCGAGCUGAUUCAUGAAGCCGCCGCCAUCACUUUCAACAAGCUGCUUUCGGAGAUUUGCGAUGUCAACACCAAGAACCGAUUGAUGAAGGGUAUCAUUCAGCCAUCACUGCAUGUCCUGCGGCAGAAACUCCAAAGCCAUGUUGCCGAACUCUUGGAGCCCCAUCUCUCUGUUCAUCCCAUCACCUACAACGAGUACCUGACGGACACGGUGGAAAAGAUCCAGGGUGACCGCCACAAGCGCAAAUUCGAUGCCACCUCUGUCAAGUUGUGUAAAUACAAUACGGAUAACGCACCUGAUACGGCUACCAGUGUGGUCCUGGGUCCUCUUUUGCGGUCGCUGCUUCAAGCAACCAAACCGAAUCCAAGAGAAUAUGCAGCUUCGCUUGCUGCGGAUGUCACUGCAGCUUACUAUAAGGUUGCUCUGAAGAAAUUCGUCGACGACGUCAGUGUCAACGCGGUUGAGGUAUGCCUCAUUCAAAGACUGCCUGAAGUAUUCUCACCCGAAGUGGUCUGGGACCUUGACGACGGACAAAUCGACGACCUUGGAUCUGAAGACGACGGUACCAUCAAGGACCGCAAGGAGGUACAGGAAAAACUGAGAGUUCUAGAGGACGGCCUGAGGGAGCUUGACGCUUUUACGGCUCGGCCUGAUGCGUCCACUAGUCUUGCCUAG